AUGGGUAGUCUAGCCAUGUUACAGGUUGAUGAGCGUCCUUUAGCUAGGGAUUUUCAAUCCUUGGCCAAUAGCUUUGUGAGACUUGAUAUUUCAGAACCUGGUAAGGUGUUGGGUUAUAUGGAGGCUAGAUCAACCUUGUUGGAGAAGAUUCGGGCUCAACAAUUUGAUGAUGGGGAUUUAUGUAAGAUUAGAGACAAGGGGUUAAAAGGAGAAGCCAAGGCUGCAAUUCUUGAUAAUGAGGGAGUUUUGAGGAUUAAAGGUCAUAGUUGUGUUUCUCGGACCGGUGAUAUGACUAGAUUGAUCAUGGAGAAGCAAGUGAAGUAUGAACACCAAAAUCCUGGAGGUAUGACUCAGAAGAUGCCCAUAACUGAGUGGAAGUGGGAGCGGAUUGCUAUGGACUUUGUGGUAGGGUUGCCACGUACCUUGUGUAAGUUUGAUGCCAUAUGGGUCAUCAUGGGUCGACUGACUAAGUCUGCACACUUUGUACAAGUUCAAACUACCUAUAAUUCAGAGAAGUUGGACAAGAUAUAUAUUCAAGAGAUAGUUCGUUUGCAUGGGGUUCCUAUAUCUAUUAUUUCAGAUUGUGACACCCAAUUUACAUCUCAUUUCUUGCAAUCUAUGCAGAAGGAGUUGCGCACUCGAGUGGAUUUAAGUACAGCCUUUCACCCUCAGAAUGAUGCGGAAUUUGGUUACAAUAAUAGUUAUUAUUCGAGCAUUGAUAUGGCACCAUUUGAGGCUUUGUAUGGUAGGAGAUGUCGAUCUCAAAUUGGUUGGUUUGGUGCAUUUGUGGUUAGACCGUGGGGUACAAAUUUUCUGAGGGAGUCGUUGAACAAGGUCAAAUUGAUCCACAAUAGACUUUUCAUGGCUCAGAGUAGGCAAAAGAGUUAUGAAAAUAGAAAGAUUGUGGAGCGUAUUGGUGAGGUGGCGUAUCAGUUGGCUUUGCCACCUGGUUUGUCAGGUAUCCAUCAUGUAUUUCAUAUUCCGAUGCUAAAAAAGUAUCAUCAGGAUGGUGCUCAUGUGAUUCAAUGGGAUUCAGUGUUACUUGAUCAGAAUUUGACUAUUGAGGAGGAGCCGGUUACCAUUUUGGAUAGGCAAAUUCAAAAGUUGAGGUCAAAAGAGAUUGCUUCAGUGAAGGUUCAAUGGAAGCAUCGUCCAGUUGAGAGGGCUACAUGGGAGACCGAGUCAGAUAUGAGGAAUAAAUAUCCUCAGCUUUUUGAGUGUUCAGGUUAG